AUGGCUUACAAAUAUGUGGCAUUUAUGCUGCUAGUCCUAACAACCUGUGAAGGUUACGGCAACCGAAGGCAAAGGAAAAGUCAAGCCUUCUCGCCCAUAACAUCAUCGAAAAUCUCGCACAAGCCGAACAUCAUCUUGAUCUUGACUGACGAUCAAGACGUGGAGUUGGGAUCAUUAAACUUCAUGCCAAAGACGAUGAGGAACAUAAGGGACCAAGGUGCCGAGUUCAGGCACGCUUACGUCACCACGCCCAUGUGCUGCCCUUCAAGGUCAUCACUGCUUACUGGGAUGUAUGUGCACAAUCACCACGUGUACACCAACAACGACAACUGCUCCAGUGCCCAAUGGCAAGCGACUUAUGAGACGAGGACUUUUGCGACGUACCUUUCCAACGCUGGAUACAGAACUGGUAAGUUUCUAUUUUUUCUAUUAUACAGGGUGUUCAAAUAUGGGGCAAACAUUCAAGGGGUUGGGCUAUUCUAA